AUGGUUGUACGCAAACUCGAACGAACUCCGCCGCUGCCGCCGUCACCUUUCCCCUUGUCCACGAGUUUUUCUAUAUUGGGAGACGAUCCACCAUACCUGUCGGUGGGCACGGAAGUCAGUGCCAAGUACAAGGGUGCAUUUUGUGAAGCUAAAAUCCGCAAAGUUGUACGUUCUGUUAAAUGUAGAGUAACUUACAAGCAGGGUCUAGGUACUGCAACUGUUACGGAUGAUCAAAUAAAAGGAACAUUGAGAGUUGGAGCUUCCGUGGAGGCUCGACAUGUCGACAAAAAGGAGUUCGUUGAGGCGACCAUCACCAAGAUCCAAGAUUGCAGUCAGUAUACGGUGGUCUUCGAUGAUGGCGACAUAACGACCCUGAGACGCACGGCUUUGUGCUUGAAGAGUGGCCGACACUUUGCUGAGAGUGAGACGUUGGAUCAGCUGCCGUUGACACAUCCUGAGCACUUUGGUAAUCCGGUGAUUGGAGGUAGACGUGGCAGACGUUCGAGGCAAGCACAAGAUGACAGCAGUGAAGAUGAAGGAAGCCCACCACGUGGAAGUCCCUCUGGCUCGGGUCUCGGCGGCAAAGAAGGAGCAGAAACAGAGCCUGAGAUUGGACGAGUUGUUUGUGUUGAACUGGGUGACAAAAAGAAGAAAGACAAUUGGUUUCCUGGACUAGUUGUUGCUCCAACUGCUCAAGACACUGUUAGAAUUCGUGUUCGUGAUGAUUAUCUAGUUAGGUCCUUCAAGGAUGCUAGAUAUUAUACUGUCCCGAAGAAAGAAGCUACUGAAUUUACCAAGGAAUUGGGAACGAAAGUUGAAAAUAGCGUUUUAAAAGACGCUGUUACUAAAGCGCUGAAUUUUCUGGAGAAAAAUGAAUUACCACCUCACUGGGAUCGUGAUUCAUUGUUUGGUAACAGCAUGUCCAGUGGUAACAGUGAUACAGAUGGUGAUUUAGAUUCAGACAGCUCAGAUGAUGAACCACGUGAAGAAAAAGAUCAUUUUGUAGCGCAAUUGUAUAAAUUUAUGGAUGAUCGAGGCACUCCAAUUAACAAUUGUCCUAUGAUUGGCAAUGAGGACAUUGAUUUGUAUCGUUUGUUUCGAGCUGUUGAAAAAUUAGGCGGCUAUAAUCGUGUUACUAAUCAAAAUCAAUGGAAGUCAAUAACACGAAGGCUUGGAAUUUCAAUGCAACCCACUCAAGCUACGCACAAUCUUGUUAAGCAGGCGUACAAAAAAUUUUUACACUCUUUUGAAGAUUUUUACAGAAAGCUUGGCUGUACUAUGGUUAAUCAUCCGAGAGGUAGUACACGUAAACAAAGACCUGGAAGAAGUCUUAUUAGAGAUAAAGACCGUAACACACCGGUUCCAACAGCUCAUCAAAAUAUUCCCAAAAUAGAGAAAGAAAAGGCUGAAGGUGAUGACGAGCAAAAGGAAAAAAAAAUUUCUGUUGAUGAAGAAAAGCCUGUCAGCAGUGAAUCCAGUGCACCUCGAGAUAUUGUCAAAGAGGAAGAACCGAAAUCUGUUAAGAAAAAAGAAAUUGUUGAGGAGCCUGUUAGCGGACAAGAGAGUGAUAUUAAUGUAGAAGUUGAGAGUACUGAGUCUUCAAGCAGUGAAAAGUCACAAAAGCCUCCUGCAAGAUUCACUCCAGUGUCUCUGAGCCGGGUUAAAUCAUUAACAACUACACCGUCAACUACAGUAAUAACUUCUGCAGUAACAACAGCAACUCCAACGUCUACUGCAGCAACAGGUAAAAACAAAGAAGAAUCCAAGAAAAAGAGUUAUGAAAAGAAAAAACAAGAGGGAAAUUCAUCGUCAUCUAGUUCCGGUGCUAGCGUGACAGGAAAGAAAGAAAUUUUUAAAAAAGACGAGGAAACAACAAAGACCCGUUCAAAGUCUAAAGAAGACACUAAAGUAAAGGACUCGCGUGAAACACGUACGCCCUCGCGUGAGUCGGAAAAAACUCGUGCUAAUUCUUUGAAACCACGACGUCUAACAGACGAUGAGCUUAAAAAACAGCAACGAGGACGGAAAAAACGAGAAGACACUGAAAAAUCUCGUGUUGAUAAAGAUGAAAGUAGUGGAGCUGAAAGCUCAUCAGCACCGUGUUAUAAGGGUCCAGUGCAAUUGGGUGACAGACUUAAAGUUUAUUAUGGACCGACGCAUGAGUCUAAGGUAACUUAUGAGGCAAAAGUUAUCGGAGUUGAAUCUCUUGAUGGCUCUGAAGAAAUGAACUAUCUCGUUCAUUAUACAGGCUGGAAUACGAGAUACGAUGAGUGGAUCAAAGCUGCGAGAAUAGCGCAAAAUUUUACGCAAAGCCAGGCAAGAGUUCGGAGAACCAAGGCAACAUUGAGACCUCAAACUCCCAGUACAAGCUCGAGUAAAUCUGCUAAAACACUGGCAACCACUGGCUUGCAAGGUAGACGCAGAGCUCAAAGUGUUGCACCAACUACUUCAAAAACUUGUUCAUCGACAACUUCUACAAGCAGUUCAGCUUCAUCUGUAAAUAAUAAGGACAAUAAAGAAUCAUCUCAACCUGCAAGGUCUACUACACCUUUGUCGGUUAACAGCUUUAGCUCUCGGACAAAAAGUCCAGCCACUCCAGCAGGCACUCGGCCGACUAGAAACACAAGGAAUGCUGAACAACUGGGCAUUGAAUUACGCAGACGUACCAGAAGAAUGUCUGGACACACUGAUUUGUCGGUGGUAACUGAAAGUGAAGACAGUGAUGCUUAUGAGACUGAUACUACGGAACCUGAAAGAGCUAGAACGAGAUCAAGGGGCACUGAGGAACGUAGAAGACGAGAAGUAAGACGUAGAGUUGAAGAUAGAAUAAAACCAGAUGAAAACAGCGAAAUUGAAGAUGAAAAAGACGUAGUUAAUGAACCAAGACGGACCAGGAGGCUGAGGAGGACUCCUAAUAAAAUACAAAGUAAAUCUGAAGUUGACAGCAGUGGUGCUGUGGCUGACGAUGAUGAGGAUGAUGUUGAGGAUGAAGAAAAUGAUGAGAAUGAUGAUGACGAUGAGGAAGAAAACCAAGUUGCUGAUAACUUUGAGUGUGCACAACAAGGACACGAUGAACAGCCAAAAGGCCGUGAUUUUGACCUCAAUCAAAUAAGAUCUGAACUCAAAGGUUUUGAUAAGGCUGUUAAAAUGGAUUUAUUGAGAAUGGAGCCGGAAAAUUCUGGAGAUGAAGACUCCAAACCACGUGUUGAAGAUCUUCAAAAAGAAAUUAAAGAGGAGAAGAAAAAAAUUAAAGAUAUCAAGGUUGAAGAAACAGUUGAUGUAAAACCAGCUGUUGAAACACUUGCUGUCAAAGCUGAUCCAUCGCCUUCGCCUACUGAGGACGUUUAUGAAUUUAAAGAACCUGAACCGUUUGAGUUUGAAGUGAGAAACAAACGUGACUCCUCGGGUGAUAAAGAUAAACCGAAAAAGCGGGUCUUUGAUGAAGAACCUAAAAGUCCGAAGAAGAAGCAAAAAACUUCAGCAUCUAGUCCAAAAGAAACUAAAUUGACAGAAACUGAGGUUGAUUCUAAACGUAAAGCAAGAAAAACGCCUGUUAAACGUCCUGAAGAAACUCCGGAAGUUAUUAAACCGAUUGUUGUCCCCACGCCGAAAGAGUUUGAAAAAGUCAUCGAACCUCCUCCUACGUUGAUACCAUCAAAAGCAACCUCUGUUACUCUUUCACCGCCGACUUUAGUCUCGGCAGUUAUUGAAGAACAAACUAAGAACAGUUCUAGCAUUGAGUUGUUUAAUGAUUCGACGAGCAAUGACGAUGGAACUGGAGAUGUUGAUGAUCCAGAAGACCGUUUGAUUAUUUUUGAAACGGAAGUGUCUGAAACUGAAAAUGAAAAUCCACCGUCGAAUUAUCAACAAGAAAUAUCAACAAAAAUACUACCAAGUGCUGAAGCUCCCAAUAAAAAUGAGUUUAAUAAAAAAGUUGAAGGUAACAAAGAUAAAGAAGAGAAACAUGUAGCUUCUAGUGUCCCUAGUACCAGUGGUAUUCCUACAAUUACAUCCUCAGUAGAUUCAUUACCACUUUCAGAUGAUAGAGUAGGUUAUGAGCCAAAACAAUGGGUUAUAAAGCCGAUGAAUUACAAAAACCCAUGGGGCAAUGAAAUAAAACCACCACCACCGCUACCGCCUCCUGCAGUCAUUGAUAAAAAAGUUGUUGAGGUAAAGACACCGGUGAUUGAAAGAAAAAUUGUUGAUACUAAGCCUCCAACUAUUGAAAGGAAAGUUAUUGACGCUAAGCCACCAACUUUACCAGUAAUUACACCUUCGGCGAGUUCAGUACCACCUAACAAUACUGAGCAAGUUAUUUUUGAACCUAAACAAUGGAUUAUGAAGUAUAUUUUUAACCAAAAGCAACCUAGUGAUGUUAAACCAUCAGUGAUUGAAAAGAAAACAUCUGAUAGUAAAUCACCAUCUAGUGAUAAACUGAGUGACAUAAAACCAUCACCAUCAUCAUCAUCUAUUGCUUCUUUAACUACUACAACUUUAGGAUCACCUAUUGUACUUGCUCCAAUCAGCGCGAGAUUACCAGCUACUUCGACUAUCGAAGAAAAAUUAUCGGCUGCAGCUAUGGCAUUCAGACAAUCAAAGCCCAGAGAUUCUAAACGUGAUGAUGAGUCGGGUGAGUCAAAGAAAAAUCCCAAAGAUAGCUCUAAGAAAAGUGAUUCGCAUGGAAAAAGAGCAAGAGUUAUAAAUGAUGAGCAAGCUAAACUUAAGCAAGAACUGGAAAGAAAGAAAGAACAGGAGGCAGCUAAAAUUCAGGAAGAACGCUCUAGAGAAGUUAUAAGAGCUACUUUGAAACAAAAAGAAGAGGAACUUGAGCAGUUGAAAAUUCAUAAAGAAGAUUUAAAGAAAGUUGCUGAUGUUAAAAUUGAUCAGAGAAAAAUUGUUGAUAAACGUGAAGAUUUGUGGAAAAAGAAGGAUAAAGAUAUAAUGGACGUUGAGGUUUCUAAAGAAAUUCCUUCUGAGCCCAAGGAGAACGAAAAACAAAAGCGUAGAAAAGUUUUAAGCCAAGAGUUUGUUGAUUCAACCGAUAGCAGUGAUUCGGAGCAGAAACUGGUGAUUGAUAACUCUGAAGUUAAAGAAGACAGGCGCGAGUCGUCUGAUUUUGAGGGUAAAAUUAAAUCUGAGAUUGAACUAUAUCCAGAAGGACGUUCCGAUCAUCACCAACAAGUCUCCAGUAUUGUCACCCAGCAAGAACAGUCAAUUAAUUUUUCAAAGAGUGUUGUGAGUGCAAAAACCGAGGAGGAAGGUGAAAAUAUGAAUUUACUCUGUGAAGAAGAGAUUCCAGGCUCUCCUGCACCUGUGAUUGAUACAACGGAGCAGGAACGACCUGGAGAUCAUCAACACCAUCACCAUCACCACCACCACCACCACCACCACCACCACAAUCUAAUAAAAAAUGAGUCGAAUGAAAAGAAACUUGUCCUUUUAGAAAUGCCGUUUGCCAGCGCCCCGGCUCUGGGACCUCAGAGCAGUACCAGCCAAGGAUCAAUGUCAAUGACCGUCACCACAGCUUGCAAUGUUCCUGUGCCUGUUUUGAUACCAAUGCAGCCGAAUGUCGUGACUGCUCCACGUCAGCCGCUGCCUCUUCAGCACCAGCAACAACAUCACCAUCAUCAUCUUCACCAUCAACAGCCACUUCAACAGCAGCAGCAACCUCAGCCGCAGCUCCAACAACUCCAAUCACAACAGCAGUUACCGAAACAAGACCAACUGCACCAACAGCAGCAACCGAUAAUAAUUCCCCAACCACCUCCGGAACAAUUGCCACCUCCAGUAGUUCAUCAGGUUAUCCAACCACCGAGGCGAGAAAGCAAUGAAGCUGCACCUGUGAUGGACAAUACACCGCCAACUACACCGGACUCCUCGACUAUUUCUAACAUAUCUACUUCUCCGAGGGGUGACGAGAGAACUGGUGGAUCUUCCCCCCUGUCUGAUGAAAAUAUCAAAUUAAAUCGCGACACCUCGGAAGCUGACAACGAUAGUGCUGGCAAAGCUCCCUCGGGUUACAGCGAAGACGACGCUACUUUAAACGCUGACGGGAAUACUGCCGAAAGAGGCUCCUCAAAAGCUGUCAAGAGAUCCGCUGAAGAUCCAGCGUCGCCCAAGAAGAAAAAACGGAGUCGUAAAAGCUCAGAGUGUGGAAGCAAUGCUGGGAGAAAAACCAGUAGCAGACACUCGGCCAGACAAACCAGACAGAGCAGUGCUGCUGGAAGUGACAGUGAUGACACCAGUGAGGGAUCCAGUUCAGCUAAUAAUGUCAAUAACAAUGGUAAUAUUAAUACGAAUAGUAGUCAUUCUUCGACGGGUGUUGUUAUUGAAAGUACCAACACUGCAUCCACUACGACGACAACGGCAACUACUAAUGGAAUUACAGAUCUCAAUAGUAUAUCCUCUCGAUCUCCCAAACCGAUCAAGUACAACUUUUAUGUAGAGCUAGAUCCUCAACUGGAUGGUAGCCAAAGGAUAGCUUUACUUCAACAAAAGCUUACAGAGUUGAAGAAUACUUAUAAUACAGUUAAGUUGGAAUUAGCGGGCAUUGAAAGGCGGAGAAAAAAGUUACGGAGAAGAGAAAGAGAAGCAAUGAAAGCCGCAAAAGCAGAAAUGCAACAAGCGUGUUCUUGA